AUGCACUUCUUUCACUCCUUCCGGUCUAUUCUUCUCUGCGCUUGCCUGGCGGCGGCUAGCUCCAACUCGUCCUCACCAGUCACCUGGGACAAGUACAGUCUCUCGAUAAACGGCCAGAGACUCUUUGUCUUUGCAGGAGAAUUUCAUUAUCAGCGUCUGCCUGUGCCCGAACUAUGGCCUGACAUCUUCCAGAAAUUACGAGCCAACGGCUUCAAUGCUGUCUCGGUGUACUUCUUCUGGAGUUUUCAUAGUGCUUCUGAAGACCAUUAUGACUUCGAAACCGGCGCCCACAAUAUCCAGCGGCUUUUUGAGUACGCAAAACAGGCCGGUGUCUAUGUCAUUGCCCGCCCAGGGCCGUAUAGUAAUGGAGAAACCUCUGCAGGAGGGUAUGCGCUUUGGGCAGCAAAUGGCCUGCUGGGAAAGGAACGCACAAGUGAUCCCCAGUACUAUAAAUAUUGGUAUCCAUGGAUGCUGAAGCUAGGCAAAAUCAUUGCAACCAACCAAAUUACCAAAGGGGGUCCAGUCAUUCUAGUUCAGCAUGAAAAUGAACUUCAAGAGACUACCUACAGUGCAAACAAUACAUUAGUGGUAUACAUGGAGCAGAUCUCUCAGGCACUCGCUGAAGCCGGUAUUGUUGUGCCAAGCACCAGCAAUGAGAAGGGAAUGCGCAGUAUGAGUUGGUCGACCGACUACAAAGACAUAGGUGGUGCAGUUAACGUGUACGGCUUGGAUAGUUACCCUGGAGGACUAUCUUGUACAAACCCAAAUGCAGGCUUCGAGCUUAUCCGCACGUACUACCAAUGGUUCCAAAAUUACUCGUUCACUCAACCUGAGUACUUGCCUGAAUUCCAGGGCGGUUAUUUUACAUCAUGGGGAGGCUCGUUCUACGAUGACUGCAGCUCGUCUCUCGCCCCUGAGUUUGCAGAUGUAUUUUACAAGAAUAAUAUCGGAUCUCGAGUUACCUUACAGAGCCUGUAUAUGGCAUAUGGUGGCACAAAUUGGGGUUACAGCGCAACGCCAGUUGUAUAUACGUCCUAUGAUUACGAUGCUCCGUUGCGAGAAACUCGUGAAAUUCGAGACAAGCUCAAGCAAACCAAGCUUCUUGCUUUGUUUACUAGAGUGUCAUCUGAUCUUUUGAUGACCGAAAUGACAGGAAAUGGCACGAACUAUACGAGUGAUUUAAGUAUAUUUACUUGGGCAUUGAGAAACCCGCAGACAAAUGCAGGAUUCUACGUUGUUGCCCAAGAUGACAGCGCUUCUAUGGAUAAUGUAGAAUUUAAUAUUACCGUUGAAACGUCAGCAGGAGCUAUUGACAUUUCGAACGUUGCAUUAAAUGGUCGACAAAGUAAAAUCAUUGUUACAGAUUAUAAGUUAGGCAGUUCAAAGCUUCUUUUCUGUUCUGCGGAUGUGCUCACAUACGCAACUCUUGACGUGGAUGUUCUUGUACUCUACCUCAAUGUCGGUCAAACAGGCACCUUUGCGCUAGAAAAUACUUCUCAUUUGACUUUCAAAGUAUAUGGGGACUCAAACGUGACAGCUUCACAGACCAGUUAUGGAGCAGUAUAUACCUAUACACAGGCAGAAGGCGCUUCGACGAUCAAAUUCUCCAAUGGGCUUCUCGUAUACAUCCUCGACAAAGCCACAGCAUGGAACUUUUUUGCGCCUCCGCAAACGUCUGAUCCAAUUGUGGGAUCUGAUCAGCACAUAUUUGUUAUUGGACCUUAUCUUGUUCGAGGAGCUUCAUUUAAAGGCAAGACUGUCGAAAUUAUAGGUGAUAACGAGAACACCACAUCCAUUGAAAUUUACUCUGGAAAUCCCUCAGUAUCUACUGUCAAAUGGAACAAUGAAAUAAUCGCCACCAGGCGUACUCCAUACGGCAGUCUUGUUGGCACAGUUCCGGGAGCGGAGGACGUCUCCAUCUACCUACCUCAACUUAUAUCCUGGCAAUCGAAUGAUCUGAUUCCCGAAAUUAAUCCUGCUUAUGACGAUUCACGUUGGACAAACUGCGACAAAAAUACAACUGUCAAUGCGAUUGCUCCAUUAUCUCUCCCAGUUCUUUAUUCCGGAGAUUAUGGAUACCAUGCCGGGCCCAAGGUGUACCGUGGACAUUUCAGUAAUGUGAAUGCUACUGGAGUGAAUGUCACUGUCCAGAACGGUGUUGCGGCAGGCUGGUCUGCAUGGCUGAAUGGUAAGUAUAUUGGCGGUUCACCUGGUAAUGCAAGCCUAGCAGCGACAUCAGACCUUUUAGAAUUUAACUCAAGCGCGCUAAAAACGCAAAGCGAUGACGACAAUAUUCUUACCAUUUUGGCCGACUAUACAGGCCAUGACGAGGCCAAUGUCAAGCCAGCCGGCGCACAGAACCCACGCGGCAUACUUGGCGCAGUCCUUCAAGGUACUGGGAAUUUCACAUCUUGGAAAAUCCAAGGAAAUGCUGGGGGGGAAAAUAACAUUGAUCCGAUCCGUGGUCCCAUGAACGAAGGUGGCCUAUAUGCUGAACGAAUGGGCUGGCACCUUCCGGGCUUCAAGCCUGAUGUUUCCUCGGGCUGGGACACCCGUACUCCUUACGAUGGCGUAUCUGGGGCAUCUGGAAGAUUCUACAUUACACAAUUCACUCUCGAUAUCGACAAGGAGCUAGAUGUACCACUUGGCUUGAAAGUCAACGCAUCAUCUUUAGUUCCGGCGGUUGUGUAUAUAUGGUUGAAUGGAUAUCAAUUCGGCCAUUACCUUCCACAUAUUGGACCACAGUCCAUCUUUCCAUUCCAGCCUGGUAUUAUAAACACCAGAAAAAAUAGCCCCAACACUUUGGCGAUCAGCUUGUGGGCUCUUACAGAGCAAGCGGCCGCUUUGGAAGAAGUGGAACUUGUGGAGUAUGGAAAGUACAGAUCUGGCUUUAAUUUCGCACAAGAUUGGAGCUAUCUUCAACCGAAGUGGAAGGACCGUAGUGAAUACGCUUGAGCUCUCACAGGAUAAAGCAAAUCGAUAAUCUGAAUUAGUCGUGUAAUUGAAACACAGAUAUUAAUUCUAUUGACCAAUAA